AAAGAAAACAGUCUCAAAACAAAGAACCGUCUGGUUCCGUGCUUUUCUUUAUGUUAUUAAUUUUUCACGUGUUUUCUCGGAAGGAAAACGAAACGAAACUACAUACAUCAAAUACCCCACCUAAUCUAAAACUUUUUCAAAAAAAUCCCUAAAUCCCCUGUUUUAUUGGAAAAUCCCAAAAUCCCAGUACUAAACUCUCUUUCGUAUAUAACAAUUGAUAAUUUCCUUACAUCCAACCUACAAAUUUGGGUUGCAAAUCCCAGGAAAGUUCUGGGUUUUCAUCUUUGUCUGUGAAUUCCUCUAUUUUUGUAUAGGGCUCGAACCAAAUGAGUUAGGAAAUUGGUUGCUGGUGCUUUUGAGAUCAUUACUUUGUUUAUAGUCUCACAGAAAUGUCUUCAAUUUUUGUGGGUUUCUAGGUUUUUUUGUGUAUUUGCAAGUGAGAUUAAGCUCUUAAUCUGCCAGUCAAACUGUCAAUUUUUCUGGGUUAUGUCUACAUUGAUCUGUUUAUAUAGUCCUAGUCUAUAAUCACUUGAGUUCAGUUCAGAUUCUGUUAGAAUUUGUUACUUCUGUUACAAUAGUCUUUAAUUGGGGUUGUACGUGCUUGUUCUAUCCACCCUUCAACCGGGUCUGAGUUAUCUUUUUUUGGGUUUUGAAUUGGUUGCAUUUGUGGUUGUCUGUACAGUUAUUUUUGAGCUUUGUCAUUUUACAUAGUAAUUGGAUAAAGUGAGUUUGCAUUGGAUCAUUCACAGUGAUUGAUAUCAUAAAAAAUUUCCAUUUAUUACUGAGUCUUGGUGUUCAACUAAAAAAAUUCGAUGACAAUCACAUCGGUACCCGGGAGUUCAGGGUAUUUAGAUGCUGAGAAUAGGAAAAUCUCAUACUUCAGCAACCGGUAUGUACUGGGUUUGACUGUGAUUGCCGGUAUUGGAGGACUGCUUUUUGGCUAUGAUACAGGAGUAAUAUCAGGGGCCCUUCUGUAUAUUAAAGAAGAAUUUGAGGCAGUCAAUGAUAGUAGUUUCCUACAGGAAACUAUUGUUAGCAUGGCUUUGGUUGGUGCAAUUAUUGGAGCUGCAGCAGGUGGCUGGUUAAAUGAUGCUUAUGGACGCAAGAAAGCUACUCUUCUUGCAGAUGUUGUCUUUGCAAUUGGAUCAGUUGUUAUGGCUGCUGCACCAGAUCCAUAUGUUCUCAUACUUGGACGACUAUUGAUUGGCUUGGGUGUGGGUGUGGCAUCUGUUACUGCUCCUGUGUAUAUUGCAGAGGCAUCACCGUCUGAAAUAAGGGGAGGUCUUGUCAGUACUAAUGUGCUUAUGAUUACUGGUGGACAAUUUCUUUCAUAUGUGGUCAAUCUUGCUUUCACUGAGGUUCCAGGGACAUGGCGAUGGAUGCUUGGAGUUUCUGGUGUACCAGCUGUCAUUCAGUUUUGCCUCAUGAUAUUUUUGCCAGAGUCCCCACGCUGGCUUUACAUGAAGAAAGAUAAAGCUGAAGCCAUUGUUGUGCUUUCUAGAAUUUAUGGUCCUUACCGGUUAGAGGAGGAGAUAAAUCAGCUUUCUAUUGCAUUAGAGGAAGAAGAGCAAAGAAAGAAUUCUGUCAGUUACUGGGAUGUAUUUAAAUUGAAAGAAAUCAGACUUGCAUUCCUGGCUGGAGCAGGACUUCAGGCAUUUCAGCAGUUUACCGGUAUCAACACGGUCAUGUACUACAGCCCAACAAUUGUUCAGAUGGCAGGCUUCAGUUCCAACCAAUUAGCACUUCUCUUAUCAAUGAUUGUCGCUGCAAUGAAUGCUGCAGGAACAGUUCUUGGAAUUUACCUCAUUGAUCACUUCGGGCGUCGAAAGUUGGCCCUCAGUAGUUUAUCUGGCGUGAUCGUGUCCCUCAUCCUUCUCUCCACAGCAUUCUUCCUCCAAUCUUCUGGUUCUUCAAACAGUCUCUACGGGUGGCUGGCGGUUCUAGGGUUAGCCCUCUACAUCGCUUUCUUUGCACCUGGCAUGGGACCAGUGCCUUGGACCGUGAACUCGGAAAUAUACCCGGAGUCGUAUCGAGGGAUUUGUGGAGGCAUGUCUGCUACUGUGAACUGGAUUUCGAAUCUGAUCGUAACCCAGAGUUUUCUUUCGGUCGCUGAAGCUGUGGGAACGGGUCCCACUUUCUUGAUACUAGCAGGCGUGGCAGUUAUUGCAGUUGUGUUUGUGGUAAUGUUUGUGCCAGAGACUAAGGGCUUGUCAUUCGAGGAGGUGGAGAGGAUAUGGAAGAUGAGGGCUUGGGGAAGUGGGUAUGAUGCUAGUGAAGGCCUGCUCGAGGAGCAAAGUGAGUCCUAAUCAGUAGUUUGAAUGGAUUUUAAAAAUGCAGUUUGUGCAUAUAUUAAUAUAUAUUUUAACUAAUAAAUUAAGUGUAUGUGCUCAACACAAAUGUGAUUGUUGAAUUCUGGGAAAUUGGCGAAGGCAUUUGGCAAGUUUGGGGAACAUGGGUACAAAAGCGGUGUCAUUGAAACUGAUCCUCUGAUGGUAUUUAAUACUUUACGCAGGCAACAGGUGAAGAACCAGUGGCUGCAGCAUUUUCUCAUCGACAGCCCUUGGCUCAUGUCGAAGUUUCAGCAACUGUAAGUUAUAUGUUUUGUGUAUCAUGAAGCCGAUUUUGUUGCUGGAUAGUUUAUUGAAAAUGGUUGUAUCUCUCCCAUGGAAUUGUACUCUUUAUCAAUUAUGUUGUCCCAUUUUGUAUCUGUUGCUAUUUAAUGAGCAGAGCUGGGUAUGGCUUCACCCAGAUAUGGAACACUAAAAUAAAGAGUGUUCUCUUGUUACUUUAAUGUAAGCUUUAGCUUCUCUGUUCAAAAAAUUCCAUAUAUAUAUAUAUUCUUUUUGUUGCAAUUCA